GAGAGAAUUCCUAGUCAACCAUGGGUGUCCGUACCAAGACCGUGAAGGGCUCUGCCGUCAAGAUCAUCGAGAAGUACUACUCGCGUCUUACUCUCGACUUCGACACCAACAAGCGUGUGUGCGAUGAAGUUGCCAUCAUCCCGUCCAAGCGUAUGCGCAACAAGAUUGCCGGUUACAUCACGCACCUCAUGAAGCGCAUCCAGCACGGCCAGGUACGCGGCAUCUCGCUUAAGCUCCAGGAGGAGGAGCGUGAGCGCCGCAUGGACUUCGUCCCGGAGGUCUCGGCCAUCGACACGGAGAACAUCGAGAUCGACAACGACACCAAGGACCUGCUGGCCCACCUCGACCUCAAGUUGGCCGGCGUGCACGUGCCCCAGCCUAAGGCCCGUGAGCAGCACCACCACCACCGCAACUAAGUAUCUUUUACCGGAAGGCUUACGUUGCUAUGUGCUGGAUGUAGCAGGACAACUGCGUCUUAUCUUUGAGAAGACUGUGGUUUUGCUAUCUCGAUAAUCCCAUGGACAAUUCUUUCUUCAUUUGCCAUUCGUCA